AUGUCUCCAAUUGAUAUCCAUGGGCAGAGGUCAAUGAAAACAGAUGUAGAAGCCCAAAAUAGCCAUUCAUAUCAAGCCUCAAAAUUGGGUUGUUUAAAUCCAACUAAAGCUAAGAGGAAACAGUCUGAAGAAGAUGUGAUAAAUGCUUCUGAAUACAUGAAGCAGAAUGAGAGUGCUAUGGGCCUUGUUAGUGGCUGGAUGAAUGCAUACUUUUCACAACUACUACCUUUGCUGCUCUGCUGGAAAGCCAUGUGGGAAAGAGAAGUGGAUAACAGUGACAUUGUGAAGAUUGCAAACAAAAGCUGCCAAGAUCCCAUAAUGGAGAUACAACUAAACUGUGUACUUGAAAGUGAUGACUGUAAUUCCAGGGGAGAUCAAUCAAGUGAAUUCAAUAGCAUUUCUGAUUGGGUGGGUCAUAAAGCCAAUCCUGGGCUCAAAGUGAAGGAAGACAACCUGACACCUUUCUAUCCAAACGUAAGUCCUGUUACAUUUUCCUGUCAUGCGGAUUUCUCUGCAAAACUACUGUGUGGACAACAGGAAAUAUCUUCAAAAGGAUUUCCCAAAACCUCAACUUAUUGGCAACAGAAAAAUCCAUGUACACCUGGGGUAUAUGUUCCUGCUAGAUUAAUUUAUAAUCCAGCUUCUCAAGAGAAAGAUGUGGAAUAUCAGUGUUUUGACAUUUCUAAGGAUCUUCAUGGACAAGGAGAAGAAGAGGAAAAUUUUAUUAUUCUUGUUGACUCAAAUGUGGAGGAGAAUAUAUCACCUCAGUUGGGAAAAACUUUGCCUUCUCAUUAUCAGAAAUGUCAUCAAUCUUUCCAAGAUCUCUCCAGGCUACAAGAACAUAAGCUACAAGUGGCUAGGAAUUCAUAUCCCUGCCCCCUUUGUGGCAAGGAGUUUUUUCGUGCAGCUAAUUUGCGAAUGCACAAAUUGACCCAUACUGAAGAAAGACCCCACAAGUGUCCAAUAUGUAACAAAGGUUUCAUUCGCACCGCUGAUGUUUGGAGACAUCUGCACAGUUUUCACAAGGUAGAGCGCUCCAGUGUUGUUUUGGGAAAUGCAAACAUAAGGAAUCAAUGGUGCACAGUGAAGCAAAAUCAGGAUAAUAAAGGGUAUCCUAAACAAUUGGAAUCUGCUGCCAGCAAUCUUGGAAACGAAAGUUCAAAAUCAUGUAUCUGUCCAGUAUGUCACAAAGUUUUCCGCAAACCUAACUUGCUUUCCAAACACAAAGUAAUACAUCGACAAGAAAAGCCAUACAAAUGCAAAGAAUGUGGCAUGGCCUUUGUCCAACUGGCUAGAUUAAAAAGGCAUAAUCUGACACAUACUGGAGAGCGUCCAUUUUCCUGUGAAAGAUGUAACAACACAUUUACACGUUUAGGUUCAUUACAGCGUCAUCAACGUAUCCAUACUGGAGAAAAGCCCUAUUCUUGUUUCUACUGUGGUGUGUCCUUUACAGACUCAGGAACUCUGAAGAGGCAUGAACAGAUUCAUAAAGUCAUCCAAAUAUAA